AUGUUUCGAGCUUCUAAUAUUGAGGCAAUUCAUUCUAUAAAUGAAAAACUUGAUGACAAAAACGAUGCAGAUAACACAGAAAUUAAUGGAAUACAAAAUAGAGUUAAUCAUAAUGGAACAAACAGCUCCAAGAAUAAACGACAUAAAGCACAAUUUCAUCACAAACAAAGGAAAAAUUCUACCCGACAGAUUUUUCCACAAAAGCUUCAAGAACAUUUAACCUUAAUGCAAAAGGUUCACGAGCGUUAUGGCUGUAUGAGAAAGGAGAAAGGCGAGCUUAAAGAAGCCAAGUUGGAUACCUCUGCGAAAAGGUUGCUCCACCCAGCGAGCUAUCAGAGGAUGAUGCAACGCGUCAUGGAUUCACAUAAACUGCGAUUAUUACAGCCCGAACCGCCUGCAAAUUUACUACAUGGAAAUAUGUUGUGUGCAUUGUGUUUUCAACAUUGCGGAACUAAUCAACGCCCAUUGGGCGAAUUGUUUGGUCCGUAUUUCGUUUCUAUUUCUGCCGAAUGUCAUCCACCUGAACGGAUCAUGCCGAGGACGUUACUUCCGCAGAGCAAACAAAAUAAUGAAAAAUGCGCAGUAUGUGGUGAUAUUGGUGCGACAAUUCCUUUGGCUGGGGAGUCAAAACGAACAUACAAGCAUAACAUGGCAUCGCUACCGGAGGAACAAAGAGUACAUUAUGGGUGUGCCGUGACCUCAGGUUAUAUCUUGGAUCGCCUUCUAUUUCGUUGCAGUCAUGAUGUAUAA